UCAUUGUUUGCUUAAUUCUGCUCUCUGUUCUGUCUGAGCUUGGCAGGCAGUUUAUGACAAGUAAUUAUAUUCAGCCGGGAAGCCCUUGUGUCUCGGCGUCCUUUGACAUCUUUGGACGCUGCUCUGUCUUGUAGAUUUCCAUCCUGACCACACCACAAAUGACAAACUCUUACUAAACCACAAGUGUGUACGGAUGGAACCUGGGUCCUCUCAACCCAGUCCAAAACAGCCCCUACAUAGAGAUCAUCGAGCAGCCAAAGCAGAGGGGGAUGAGGUUUAGGUACAAGUGUGAGGGACGUUCAGCUGGCAGCAUCCCCGGAGAGAAGAGCAACGACACCACUAAGACCCACCCAGCUAUCAAGGUGCAUAAUUACAGCGGCCCCCUGCGUGUUCGCAUCUCACUGGUGACUAAGAAUGCACCAUACAAGCCUCACCCCCAUGAACUGGUUGGGAAAGACUGCAAACAUGGAUACUACGAGGCCGACUUGCAGGAGAGAAGAAUACACAGUUUUCAGAAUCUGGGCAUACAGUGUGUCAAGAAGAAAGAUGUAACCGAGGCUAUCACUUGCAGGCUGCAGACCAAUAAUAACCCCUUCAACAUUCCAGAAGCGAAGGUGUGGGAGGAAGAGUUUGACCUGAAUUCGGUUCGGCUUUGCUUCCAGGCUUCUAUCACUCUGCCUACAGGGGAACUGUGUCCUCUGAAUCCUGUGGUAUCUCAGCCCAUCUAUGACAACAGGGCCCCAAAUACAGCUGAGCUGAAGAUCUGCAGAGUCAACCGCAACUCUGGAAGCUGCAAAGGGGGGGAUGAGAUCUUUCUGCUGUGUGACAAAGUGCAAAAAGAGGACAUUGAGGUACGUUUCUUCCAGGACUCCUGGGAGGGAAAGGGCACUUUCUCCCAGGCUGAUGUCCACAGACAGGUGGCCAUUGUGUUUCGCACACCGCCGUACCGUGACACGAACCUCUCUGAGCCCAUCAGAGUGAAGAUGCAGCUCCGUCGGCCUUCUGACCGUGAGGUCAGUGAGCCAAUGGACUUCCAGUACCUACCUGCAGACCCAGAUGAAUACAGGCUGAGUGAGAAGAGAAAGCGUACAGGGGACAUGUUCCAGAGCCUGAAGCUGGGGCCCAUGCUGUCUAGUGUGACCGUUCCACAAGAUAGACGGCACAUAAGCCCAGCAAGGAGAACAGUCACAGCCAAGCCUCCAUCGAUGAAUGCACAAGCUGCAGCUGUGGUGCCCCCUGGUGCCAGUGGAGUGAAACCCCAGCCAUCCUAUCCAUACAGUCAGUCAAGCCAGCUCUUCUCAGUCCAGCCCAAAGUAGAGGCCUCCCCCUCCAUCUCUGCUGCAACCACAAACCAAACAUGGAGGAUGGAGAGCCUGAGUCUUGGCCCUCAGGCCAAAGCCACUGCAGUGCCCAGCUUCACAAUAGGCCAGAUACCAGCCUCCUCCACCUCUUCCUCUACCACCACUUCCACUAGCAACCAGGACUACUCAACUGUCAACAUAUCAGACCUUCAUGAAUUCUUCCCAAACAUUUCCUCCGCCAUUGCCCAGGAGUCAACAGCUUCUCAGGGAAGCACGGUCUCCUCACAGACCAGCAACUCCUUCACUCUCCAGGGCUCUCAGUUCCGGGUGGACACACCACUUGUGGAUGAUGACAUUCCAGAGUUCCCCAGCUUUUCUGAAGCCCAGGCCCCAGGCACUCUGGAAAACCUAAACAUGGAUGACUUUGAGGACCUUCUGAACCCCAACCUGAUGAGUGAGAGUGGUAAUGGCACCUCAACAGUAGUUCUAUCUUCAGGCCAACAAGCUGCCCCUUCCAGCUCUUCUACUGCUGCCCAGAACAGUGCAGUAACCCAGAACAUUUCUGACCCUGCCAACAACCCAGGAAGCACCUGGAUGAAUUACCCCACCAGCAUCGUCAGCUUGCUCCAGAAUGAGGGCAUGAUGGACAUUGCAGCCAACAACAACCACCGGCCCCCUGUGCUGGAUGAGUUUGAUGAGCUGAUGUCUGCUGAUGAAGAUCGUCUUAUUUCCAUUUUUAACAGUGGAGGCCAAGCUAGGUUUGUGUCAGGGCACCCAACUUAAGUUUUGUCCUCGUGAUUUGAUUACAGACAUAUUUACAAAGACUACUUGUGUCUGCUCCUUAAGCCUUCAGAACUCCUGGUGGAUAUGAAGGCCUCUAAAGAUACAGAAUGUAGCAAAACUUGUCCCUGUGGACACGCAUAUUCAUGGUAUUCAUUUUGUGGAGUUUGCCAUGCCUUAUAUACAGUUUAUCUGACAAAUUACAAACUACAGGAUUGAAGGUAAUCAGAUUUCAUGACCCUUGCUACGCAUCAGUCAUUAUCUUUUUCAGCCACUCUAUGAACCUCACGUUAGAAGAUUAUCUACCAAAAAUGUUUUGUAGACAGUCUGUUGGGAUGCCUUGCUGAAGGCAUCUGUUUAAAUGUUUUUAUGUUGACGCCAUUUUCCAUGGAACAUGUCAAUGCAUGUUUUUUGUACUGUCAUUUUAACAGUGGUCAGUGUUAGUGAUUAUCACUGUCUUUAAGUGAAACUUGUAAGUUUGGUGUGCCUUUUUAUUUUAAACGAAGCAGCUGGUAUUCUCAUCAAGAACUGAAUCUGAGCUAGAGGUAAGUUUAUGCAAAUUAUGGCCCUUGUCCUUUUAAUCAAAUGUGCCCAUGUAUUACUUUGGAACUUAAUUGUUUUUACAGCACGCUGAUGUAGGUUCUCAGUCACGGUUUUUACAGCAGUUACUGUAAUUUUCCAUACAUACGUGCCUUUGUUGAGUUGCAACAAAAUGUAGUAAUGUGUGAAGAAGCAAAUGAAGGGCUACAUGUGAGUAAUUAACACGCAACAUUACUAAGUACAUGCUUAUAGUAGGGAAACUGUAUCAAAUCCUGUUUUGUGUUUGGUGAUAUAAUUUCCUUUGGUGAUUAAUCAGCUUUUCUAUAGUUAUUUCAUGAAUCCUGGCUGCAAUCUAAGAGUUUCAGACCUGUAGGUCAAACUUGCUCCUCUCUGUAUUAAAAAAGGAUGCUUUACUGAGAUGAAAUUAUGCUGAUUUAUACUGGUAUGAUGUAAGCAAAUUAUACUAAUGCCUUUUUUUGCUGUAGUGAAUGUUUAAUUCUGUCAAAGUUCCAAAACACUUUUCUUGGCAAUAAAAACCACAACAUUUUAA